CUCGUGCUCACGCCCAAGGAGAAAGGUUCCACCUUCCUGCAGCUGGGCUCAUCCACAGAACAGCAGCUUCAGGUCAUCUUUGAGGUGCUGGAGGAAUACGACUGGACGUCCUUUGUAGCCGUGACCACGCGUGCUCCCGGCCAUCGGGCCUUUCUGUCCUACAUCGAGGUGCUGACUGAUGGCAGCAUGGUGGGCUGGGAGCACCGCGGGGCGUUGACCCUGGACCCUGGGGCUGGCGAGGCCGUGCUGGGUGCCCAGCUCCGCAGCGUCAGCGCCCAGAUUCGCUUGCUCUUCUGCGCCCGCGAGGAGGCGGAGCCCGUGUUCCGGGCAGCAGAGGAGGCUGGCCUCACUGGGCCUGGCUACGUCUGGUUCAUGGUGGGGCCCCAGCUGGCUGGAGGAGGGGGCUCGGGCGCCCCUGGGGAGCCCCUUCUUCUGCCAGGAGGCGCCCCACUGCCUGCGGGGCUGUUUGCAGUGCGCUCGGCAGGCUGGCGGGAUGACCUGGCCCGGCGUGUGGCGGCUGGCGUGGCCGUCGUGGCCAGAGGUGCCCAAGCCCUGCUGCGUGACUAUGGCUUCCUGCCCGAACUUGGCCAUGACUGUCGUGCCCAAAACCGCACCCACCGAGGGGAGAGUCUACACAGGUACUUCAUGAACAUUACCUGGGAUAACCGGGAUUACUCCUUCAAUGAAGACGGCUUCCUGGUGAACCCCUCCCUGGUAGUCAUCUCCCUCACCAGAGACAGGACUUGGGAGGUGGUGGGCAGCUGGGAGCAGCAGACUCUCCGCCUCAAGUACCCGCUGUGGUCGCGCUACGGCCGCUUCCUGCAGCCGGUGGAUGACACGCAGCACCUCACGGUGGCCACGCUGGAGGAGAGGCCCUUCGUCAUUGUGGAGCCCGCCGACCCCAUCAGCGGCACUUGCAUCCGAGAUUCCGUCCCCUGCCGGAGCCAGCUCAACCGCACCCACAGCCCUCCGCCGGACGCCCCCCGCCCCGAAAAGCGGUGCUGCAAGGGCUUCUGCAUCGACAUUCUGAAGCGGCUGGCGCAGACCAUCGGCUUCAGCUAUGACCUCUACCUGGUCACGAACGGCAAGCAUGGGAAGAAGAUCGACGGCGUCUGGAACGGCAUGAUCGGGGAGGUCUUCUACCAGCGCGCAGACAUGGCCAUUGGUUCUCUCACCAUCAAUGAGGAGCGAUCCGAGAUCGUGGAUUUCUCCGUUCCCUUCGUGGAGACGGGCAUCAGCGUCAUGGUGGCGCGUAGCAAUGGCACUGUGUCCCCCUCAGCCUUCCUCGAGCCCUACAGCCCUGCCGUGUGGGUGAUGAUGUUUGUCAUGUGCCUCACUGUGGUCGCCGUCACUGUUUUCAUCUUUGAGUACCUCAGUCCCGUCGGCUACAACCGCAGCCUGGCCACGGGCAAACGCCCUGGUGGCUCAACUUUCACCAUUGGGAAAUCCAUCUGGCUGCUCUGGGCCCUGGUGUUCAAUAACUCGGUACCCGUGGAGAACCCCCGGGGGACCACCAGCAAAAUCAUGGUGCUGGUGUGGGCUUUCUUCGCCGUCAUCUUCCUCGCCAGCUACACAGCCAACCUGGCCGCCUUCAUGAUCCAGGAGGAGUAUGUGGACACCGUGUCUGGGCUCAGUGACCGAAAGUUCCAGCGGCCCCAGGAGCAGUACCCACCCCUGAAGUUUGGGACGGUGCCCAACGGGUCCACGGAGAAGAACAUCCGUAGCAACUACCCCGACAUGCACAGCUACAUGGUGCGCUACAACCAGCCCCGCGUAGAGGAAGCGCUCACUCAGCUCAAGGCAGGGAAGCUGGACGCCUUCAUCUAUGACGCGGCUGUGCUCAACUACAUGGCCCGCAAGGAUGAGGGCUGCAAGCUCGUCACCAUCGGCUCCGGCAAGGUCUUUGCCACCACGGGCUAUGGCAUCGCCCUGCACAAGGGUUCCCGCUGGAAGCGACCCAUUGACCUGGCACUGCUGCAGUUCCUGGGGGAUGAUGAGAUCGAGAUGCUGGAGCGGCUGUGGCUCUCUGGGAUCUGCCACAAUGACAAAAUCGAGGUCAUGAGCAGCAAGCUGGACAUCGACAACAUGGCGGGCGUCUUCUACAUGCUCCUGGUGGCCAUGGGCCUCUCCCUGCUGGUCUUCGCCUGGGAGCACCUGGUGUACUGGCGCCUGCGGCAUUGCCUGGGGCCCACCCACCGCAUGGAUUUCCUGCUGGCCUUCUCCAGGGUAUGGAGAGAGGGAAGUGGAAGGGGAGGUGAGGGGAUACAGGCAGGGAUGACUAGAAUUGGAAGAGAAAUGGGUGCGGGACAGGAGGGAGGGGAGGGACCAAGGGAAGGCAGGUGGUCCAGAGCUUCCGGGGCUGACCCUGCUUUUCCCGCGCCC